CGUUUCCGGCCACCUCCCUUCCUCUGGAAACAUGCCGAUUUCAGCAAGUCCAGCCUAUCAGUUCUGCCUUCUAAAUCCAUUGGUUCAUGGUCAUCUGAGAGCACUUCUGUCACAUACAGGAGCUGCUGCCCUCACCCUCCAGACACACUUGCAGCUGAAGCUGAAUAUUGCUACUCUGGGGUUUCCUUCCAGCCUUAAAUUUCAGUUCAAUAUCUUCAGCUGCCCAGGUCAUGGCUCUGCUACUUUCCUUGAUCCUUGCCAUUUGCACUGGACCUGGCCUCAUAGAGUCUUCAUACAGAGCGCGACUGGUGGGAGGCCCCCACCGCUGUGAAGGGCGAGUAGAUGUGGAACAGAACGGUCAGUGGAGCACUGUGUGUGGUUACAACUGGGACUUGAAGAACGUAGUUGUGGUGUGCCGGGAGUUGGGCUGUGGAGCAGCGAAGGGAACACAGAGUAGUUUUCCAUAUAAGCCACAGGCGGAAGAGAACCAAGACUUCUUCAUCGAGGAGUUCCACUGCAAGGGGCUGGAAGAUACACUGGCUCAAUGUGAGAAAGAAGAUACUGAUUAUGGGAGCUGUAGCCACCAAGACUACGCAGGAGCUUCAUGUGAAAUCCCAGAGACUGUGCGGCUGGCUGAUGGCCCCGGACGCUGCAUAGGGCGAGUGGAGGUGAAGCAUCAGGACCAGUGGGGCACCGUGUGCAAAGCAGGCUGGAACCUCCAGGCUGCCAAGGUGGUAUGCCGGCAGCUGGGAUGUGGGAAGGCCACACUGACCCGAGGAAACUGUAAAAGAGCUACACAGGGCCAAGGUCCCAUCUGGCUGAACCAGGUGUCAUGCUCAGGAAAAGAACUAACUAUUCAGGAUUGCCCUUCCAGGCCUUGGGGGAAGAACAACUGCACCCAUGACGAAGACACUUGGGUCCACUGCGAAGAUCCCUUUGAACUGAAGCUGGAGGGAGGAGAGAGCCACUGCUCUGGACGUCUGAUGGUGCUGCACAAGGGUAUAUGGGGUUCUGUCUGUGAUGAUGGCUGGGGAAGAAAGGAAAACCAGGUGGUAUGCAAACAACUGGGCUGUGGCCAUCCCCUCCUUCUACCCUUUGGAGUCCAGAAACACUUUGGCCUGGGGGUUGGCCCCAUCUGGCUGAAUGAUGUUCGUUGCUCAGGGAAUGAGUUGUCUCUAGAGCAGUGCCGGCACAGGUUCUGGGGGUAUCAUGACUGCACCCACAAGGAAGAUGUGGCUGUGAUCUGCUCAGGUAAGUCCUGCAGCUGGAAUCCAUGAAGACUGGCCUGGUGUGGGCUGCAGAGUAGGAGUGGAAGUGGGGACUCUUUGGACACAAUCUUGAGAAAGUCUUUUCAAAGAGCCUGGAAUACUAGCCCUGAACUGGAGACCUCUUUGGGGAAGUGGGAGAAGAAUCCUUGCCCUAACUUGGGCCAGGAAAUACAAAUGCAGCCCUUGAGUGGCUGACUCAAGAGACCCACCAGUCAGCAGCUCAGUUUUAUAAUCAGAAUGGGAGCUGACUGUGCAGAGCUAUUUGGCUCUGGAACUAGGUAAGACCUGAUAGUUGACCAAGGAAUGUGAGGAGCAGCUUAGUGCCUUGAAAAGGAGGGGUUUGGUGACACAAGACUGGAGUUUGAGCCCUGCUCAACUACUUUGAAGCUAUGGGAUCUUAGCUAGUCGCUUAAUUGCUCUGAAUCUGGUGCUUUCGUGUGUGAAAUAGGGAGACACUUGCCCCAUUUACCUCAGCGAGUUUUAUGAUCGUGGAGGAUAAAAUGUGCUAAUAUAUGUGAGUAUUGUUUGUGACUCACAUGGGAGCUGGUUGGGUAAGUCCCUGGGGUACUGUACUAGUUUGUGACUUGGCCCCACCAUCGGUGUGUGUCUUAGGCCCUAGGAAGGUGCCAUCUAUUUUCUUAGCCUCUUUGAGCUUGAAUGAAACAAUCCUUUCAUGACCUGUUGCCACCCUUACUGUAUGUUCUUCUUGUCU